AUGGGUUGCAACCGAGACAGAACGCCUGCAGGUGGUUCGCUACCGGCACUUGACAGCCUGUACCUGCGCAGUCUUGGCCUGCCUUGCAUCGCACACGUUUUGACGGCCCAGACUAUGUCGCCAGAGCUUGGUCCAAAAGCCGCCUCGUCUAGCAUUUACUCGAACGUCGAGACGGCUGUGAUGCUGAAGGACCUUGUGGCUCGGAUACGUCUCCCCGUCAUAGGACUCUCCCGGCCGUGCACCUGCCUCGCAAAUUGUGGCGAUGACGACACCGAAAACAUGGCAACCGGAAAACUCACCCGAGCUGCAAGCUGUUCCCUUCGCAUCGUGCCUGACCUAGCCCCGAUCCGGAAGGCGGGCGUCUAUUAUUGGCAUCCUACAAGCUCUUCGGGCCUUCGAUGGAUCGACACUACCUCUCAACGCUUCUACACCAGCUUCGAGAUGUCGUCCGUCGAAGAAAGCGGUGCCCAGCAGGGCCGCCGCCUGUCCACUGACACAGCCUACUCGCGCCGAUCCAGGUUCAUCCCCUUCUACCAUCACCGACACCACGAUUACCAUGGCGAGCGCCGACACCGCCGUCGCCACUUCGGCAAGCCCAAGUUCUCGGGAUUCCAGCCCCACUUCAUGGCUGGUCUCGGUGAAUUCAUCGGCACCACCAUGUUUCUCUUCCUCGCCGAGGGAGGUGCCAAGACCGCUCAGCUCUCCGUCUCGGCGACGCAGACGCAGACGGCUACGCCUCUGAGUAACGAGACGAUCAUGUUCAUCGCUACGUCGUUCGGUCUCUCGCUGCUCGUCACCGCCUGGAUGUUCUACCGAAUUACGGGCGGUCUCUUCAACCCUGCCAUCACCGUCGCUCUUUGGCUCACCGGAGUGCUCACCUCACGCCGUGCCAUCAUCCUUUUCAUCGCUCAAAUCCUCGGCGGCAUCGCUGGUGCUGGUCUCGUUCUUGGACUCACACCGUCGAACAGCGUUCAGCAGGUAACCACGACCCUGCAACCGGGCAUCAACAUCCCGCAGGGUUUCCUCAUCGAGAUGCUCCUCACCUCGAUUCUAGUAUUCACCGUCCUUAUGAUGGCUGUCGAGAAGCACCGUGCUACUUUCAUGGCCCCCGUCGCCAUCGGCCUUACUCUCUUUGCAUGCCACCUCUUCGGCGCCGUCUGGACCGGUUGCGGUAUGAACCCCGCCCGCUCCUUCGGUCCUGCGGUCGUCGCUGGCACGUUCAACAGCGAUCACUGGAUCUAUUGGAUUGCCCCGCUUUGCGGAGGAAUCCUCUCGGUAAUUUACUUCAGCUUCCUGAAGCUGUUGAACUACAACAGUGUCGUCUUGGACCAGGAUUCGGACACCGAGAUCACCGGUCUGAAGCCCAUCCACGUUCGAGUGUGGAACUUCAUCCGCCACGGCCAGAACCCGAGUGCGCUCAACCCUGAGAGCAGCACGCACUACGACAAGGAGGCACGCAAGCAGUUCGACAACGAGCAGCGCCAGGAGUUCGAGGAGCGCGAGGCCAUGCGUCGCGAGAUGCAGGACAAGCCCGUCUUCGACAGCAACGCCGGCGAGGCCGCCAUGGGCAACUUCUCUCCGCCCCAGAGGAACGCCGAUGUCAUGUCCACCUCGACCGGCAGCACCGCUCACCACUCUGGUCAGAACCACACGGGCCCCAUCCUGCCCAAGUAA